CCUAAAAACACAACGAACUCAUAAGUCAUAAUACAAAGGUCAAAGAGCUAGCUAGCUGAGAGAAAGAAAUGGGGAAGAAAGACCAGAAGAACAAUCAAGAAGAAUUACUCAAAACCUUGGGAGAUUUCACCUCUAAAGAUAACUGGGACAGUUUCUUCACCAUCAGAGGUAGCGAUGAUGCCUUCGAAUGGUAUGCCGAGUGGCCACAGCUUCAGGAACCUCUCCUCCCCCAUUUAUCCGGAGAGGCUCAGAUUCUUGUCCCCGGUUGCGGGAACUCCAAGCUCUCCGAACACCUUUACGAUGCCGGAUACCGGAAUAUCACCAACAUUGACUUCUCUAAGGUCGUUAUAUCUGAUAUGUUGAGGAGGAAUGUCCGGAACCGGCCUGAAAUGAAGUGGCGCGUCAUGGACAUCACUGAUAUGCAGUUUACAAGUGAGAGCUUUGAUGUUAUUCUGGACAAAGGUGGAUUGGAUGCUUUAAUGGAGCCAAAGCUCGGUCCUAAGCUAGGAAAUCAAUAUUUAGCAGAGGUGAAAAGAGUGCUAAAAGCUGGGGGAAGUUUUUUUGUCACCUUGGCAGAAGCUCAUGUAUUAGGAGUGCUUUUUGUGAAGUUCCGCUAUGGAUGGAAAAUGAGUGUUCAUGCUAUUGCGCAGAAACAAUCUGACAAAUCUAGCCUGCAGACCUUCAUGGUAAUGGUUGAAAAAGAUGAUUCCUCUAUGUUGAGCCAAAUAUUCUCAUCUUUUGAUCAGUCAUCUAUUCAUUCUCCUGGAAAUCAGGCUGAUGGACUCCGGCAGGCACUUGAAGUUGAAAAUAGACUUCGUGAAGAAUAUUCCAAUAGCCUGGAUAUAAUCUACUCACUUGAAGAGUUGAAGUUAGGAGCUAAAGGGAACUUGACAGAGCGCCGUCCAGGUCAACGGCUGCAGCUAACUUUAGGCGAACCUGGGAUUUCCAGCUUCUCAUAUAAAGCUGCACUUCUUGAUGCCCGGGAAGAGUUUGGACCGUUCUCAUAUCACUGUGGGGUGUUUCUUGUUCCAAAGACACGAGCUCAUGAAUGGCUGUUCUCUACAGAAGAAGGUCAAUGGAUUAUUGUGGAAAACUCAAAGGCUGCACGUCUAAUCAUGAUUUUACUAGAUUCCAGCCAUUUGAAUGCUAGUAUGGAUGAUAUCCAGAGUGAUCUAUCUCCGCUAGUGAAGCAAUUGGCACCUAGUGAGUGUCAAGAUGCGUCCCAAAUUCCGUUUAUGGCAGCAAGUGAUGGAAUCAAGAAGAGGAAGAUUGUGCACGAGAUCACAUCGUCCUUGACUGGUCCAAUAACUGUCGAUGACGUUAUAUAUGAACAAACUGAUGAGAAUAUCAGCUGUCUGUUUCAAUCAGAUAAUGUGAUGUUCCGUCGCCUCACUUUUCAAAGAACUGAGAGUUUGGUGCAAUCUGAGGCUGUGCUAACAAGUGAAGGAUCACAGAAAAAUAUAACUGACAAGGAUCAGAAGAAAAACCUAAGAUCUAAAUCCAGAAAGAAGGGAAGUAAGACAAGUUCUGAUGGAUCAAGAAAUGAUUUGAAAGUUGAUCACAGUUACUUGGCUAGUCCUUAUCAUACUGGAAUCAUUUCUGGACUUACGUUGAUUUCUUCAUAUUUGAGCAGUGCAGCAUCAAAAGGAGGCAUGGUAAAAACUGUUGUUAUUGGUCUUGGAGCAGGAUCACUUCCCAUGUUUCUGCACAGGCACACGCCUUUCCUUGAGAUUGAGGUUGUGGAGUUAGACCCUGUGGUUCUAGAUCUUGCUAGAGACUACUUUGAUUUUAGAGAAGAUGGAAAUUUAAAGGUAAAUCUCUCUAUUUUUCUCAAACAUCUCCAGAAAAUAGAAAUUUAACACCAUUAAAGCACAGGGAAAACAAUCAUGAAACUGCAGAGGGAAAAAAAUAGGAAUACUGGAAUACUAAUACAACUCAUGAAACCAACACAAUGUUUCUAAUGGGAAAUGAUCAUUUUUCACAUAUAGAGGGAAGGAAAAGCAUAAAACUAUGAUUUAUGUAGGAAGAGCUGGGAGAGGAUUAAAGCAUCUGUUACUUUGUGCGCCAGGGGAAUAGGGAUUUGCAGAAUGAGUUCUCUGUUUUAACUUGUUGAUAUGUAUUUUAGGAAACCUUAAUAAUUUCUUGUUCCAAAGGUUUGUUAAACUGCUAAGUUCCAGCUCCAUUGACUGCUUUGUCAAAAACUAAAUAGUAAAUAAUAAUAUUGCACUAGUCUCUUGGUUGGUUGAUAAUUGAUUGGAAAUUUACUACUUCAAAUGCACAAAAUAUACUCCCAACGGUGAGCUUGUUUUUAUCUACAUGUCAUGCAAUUUUCUAACAGCACUUUUUUGUGUUUUGUGGAAAGUAAGGAUUAAUCUUUGUUAAUAUGUGGAUAGAGGAGUUCAAU